GAGGGAGGAGCCAAACUGCGUCGAGAGAAGAGAGAAAAGGCGGCGUCUUAGGGAAAAUUCCGACGGGCACAGUUGGUUCCGUUUUCUGUCUGGAGGCCCGAAGUAAGAUGUCUGGGGAAUUCGCUAGAAGCUUGGGAAAAGGAGCCUCUGCUCCAGGGCCAGUGCCUGAAGGAAUCGUCCGUCUCUACAGUAUGCGUUACUGCCCUUUCGCACAGAGAACACGACUCGUCCUGAAAGCCAAAGGAAUCAACCAUGAAAUUGUUAAUAUCAAUUUGAAAAACAAACCAGAGUGGUUUUUUGAGAAGAGCCCAUUUGGAUUGGUACCUGUGCUAGAAACAAGCAAGGGUCAGCUGAUCUAUGAAUCUCCAAUCACUUGUGAAUAUUUGGAUGAAGCUUAUCCAGAAAAGAAAUUGUACCCUGCGGACCCUUAUGAAAAAGCUUAUCAGAAAAUGCUCCUGGAAUACUUCUCCAAGCUACCUCCAAUAGGCUACAAGUAUACUCUGGCUAUCAGGAAUGGUGAAGAUGCAUCAGCACUAAAGAGUGAAUACCAGGAGAAGCUUCUUAAGCUUGAAGAGAUGCUUGCAAACCACAAAACUAAGUUCUUUGGUGGAGAUUCAGUAUCCAUGAUUGAUUAUCUAAUCUGGCCAUGGUUUGAACGGAUGGAGGCCUCCCAGUUAAUUGAAUGUUUGAACCAUACUCCAGAAUUAAAAUGCUGGGUUGAUAUGAUGAAGCUAGAUCCAGCUGUUAAGGCUACAAUAACUGAUCCUCAAAUCUUCAAGGGUUAUCUUGAACUAUAUUUCAAUAAUAGUCCUGAGGCCUGUGAUUAUGGCCUUUGAAAACUAUGGGAAGCUUUUUCAGGGAUGACAAGGGAUAUUGAUAGCUAUUGCUCCAGCAUGUCAUCUGAUAUCAGUUUUGUUGUGCUUUGUGUUGUGUUAUUCAAUGAAUAUGUAAUUGGACUGAAAUAGUAAUUAUUUGCAAUAUGUUUCCCUUUCAAAAGGAAAAUGGCCAACAUUCAUCAGGAAGAAAAGCUUUUUUUACCCUUAUCUUUCUACCAAUCUAACUGACAAUGUUGAUUUUUUUUUUUGCCUUGUUUAUCGGUUUAGGGGAGACAUCAAUUUGACUUUGUUUCUGUUUGGAAAGUAAUUAUUGACUUUCAGGAAUAAAAACACUUCAAAUGCA